GAUAAAUGUAUGAAUUUUGGAAUGGUUAGGACUUUAAGAAUAGAUAUCCAAAUAAUUUUGAAGUUUAAGGGAAUCAAUUUAUUUAACAAAUCAUUACAAAUACAAAUCUUAUUUUAGACCAUUUUAAUCAAUAACAGUUUUUAAAAGCACUUCCUCCACUUUCUGAAAUUUAAGUCAAGAGCUUGUAAACUCUAGCUUAUAAUUAGGUAUUAUGAAGCAAAGCAAUUGGCUGAAAGUUCUGAUGAAUUAUAAGAAUAUAUUCAAAAUUACAUGGAUUUUAAUGGAAACAUAAUUAAACUGAAUCCACAGUUCUAAAAUGCAGAAAAGUAAUAAUGUGCAUAAUUAUUAUUAAAAAUGAUAUAAAUGGUUUAAGGUACAAUAGGUGAUUGGUACGAAUUCCAACAUUAAUAAAUUGAAAUAGAAAAAUUUUAAGAAAAAGGUAGAGAUAUAUAUAAUAUAUUUAGUGGAUUUAUUGCGUCAUAAUUUUUCUUUAUCAGAGAAUUAAAAUUGCUGUGGCAAAUGUUAACUUAUUUGA